UCAUCAGACGUCAGGGACUCAGUGUUGGUCGAGACGUUGUUUGGUGGGGACGUAUCGCUCAACACUCACACCAAUAAUGGGGCAACACGUGUCAAGGACGGACUUUGAGUGGUCCUACACAGCUGAGCCUCACGCCUCUAGAAGGAAGGAAAUACUAAAGAAACACCCAGAGAUCAAGGAACUAUUUGGCAAUGACUCCAACUUGAAGUGGUGGGUACUGGGCUUGGUGAGCUUCCAAUUACUGUCCCUUUUUGUGGUAAAGGACCUGCCCUGGCUGUGGGUUUUCCUCUUGGCGUACUGCAUUGGCGGCACCAUCAACCACUCCCUCAUGCUGGCCAUCCAUGAGAUCUCUCACAACCUUGCCUUUGGACACUCCAAGCCACUCUCCAACCGUUUCCUCGGGAUAUUUGCAAACCUUCCCAUUGCAUUGCCUUUCUCAGUGUCAUUCAAAGGGUACCACUUGGAGCAUCACAAAUUCCAAGGAGAUGAGAAGCUGGACACUGACAUCCCUACCAGCCUGGAGGCACGACUGUUCUGCACCACUUUUGGGAAGCUGAUCUGGAUGAGUCUGCAGCCACUGUUUUAUGCCCUGAGACCUGUUAUCACCUACCCCAAGACUCCCACACUCCUGGAAAUCGUCAACAACAUUAUCCAACUCACCUGCAACUUCUUGGUGUUUUAUUAUUUUGGAGGAAAGGGGAUAUUCUAUCUGGCUGGGGGAUCCUUGCUGGCUAUGGGACUCCACCCAGUGGCUGGACACUUCAUCUCUGAGCAUUAUAUGUUCCACAAAGGUUUCGAGACAUACAGUUAUUAUGGGCCUCUCAAUUAUGUCACCUUCAAUGUGGGUUAUCACAAUGAGCACCACGACUUCCCCUAUGUCCCUGGGAGCAGACUGCCAAAGGUGCGGGAGAUGGCACCAGAAUACUAUGACCACCUGCCCCGCCAUGAGUCGUGGGUGAAGGUAAUCUAUGACUUCAUCACUGACCCUGCCAUUGGUCCCUAUGCAAGGAUCAAGAGGAAGCAUGCAGGUUUACUCAAGGAAGAGUAAUGAGAUGACAAACUAAUGUAUGUUGGGUGAGUCACAGGGUGGAGUGUUGUCUGCCAAAUUUGGUAUAAAGUUGGCAUAUAUCUUUUGGUGGUUAGGGUUCAUGAUGCUCACAUUUCUGGUUGUAUGAGUUACGAAUGUCUCCUCCUCGGUCAUAGUACUGUAUUGGGAGGAGACCAAUGGAACCUCAUUCUGAGUGUCUGGGCAAGCAAGCUAAUCAUUUUUCCAUUUAGUGAGAUAUUGCAUAAUUUUGUGAUGCUCAGCAAUGUUCAGCAACAGUUUUUUUGUAUUAAAUGAUCAAGGAAAGGAAUCUCAAUAGCCCGUGUUGUAUCCUGAUGAUUAUAACCUUAGGUGGUGAUUUUGUAGCAGUAGAUCAAAGAUGUUUUCUGUUGCUACAUGAUUACUGCUUGGGUUGAUUCUCUACAUGUGAGUUAGAUUGUGAUACCAGUGAAUGGUUGAUGAGGGAAAGGUUGGAUCACUCCCUCAUCACCAUUCCUUCAGUGUUGCCUUUCUUACUAAGGAUGUAGAUAAUUUAGAGCAAGUUCUUCCUCUUACUGUUUGUUACAUAAUAGGACUUCAGCCUAAAUAAUUUGUCCUUAAGAACACUCAGCCUAUUGAUAGAAAUGGAAAGCUGGUAAUAGUAAGAGCACUAACUUGCAUUAAUUGAACGUAUUUUGAUACUUGAUAUGUGGCAUGAUACCGAUUGCUUCCUUCUGCGUCAUUCUUCAGGCAUAAUACUGCAGCAAUAGACAUAGGAAUACCUUGUACAUUAGCUACCACAUGUAAGGGUGUAAUGGGCCUGUUGACCUCAACGUUGACAGUAUUAGAUCAACUGCCAGUGACCCAUUAAUAUGAUAGCACAAAACCACUCAUGAGGAGAAAUGAAAGUUUUGUAGUUCUCUCAUGAAAUUGAAACUUUUAACCUGUUGUUGGUGAGGAAGUCACCUUAAGCAUGUGGUGGAUGAGACAUAAGUGUUCCUAAGUGGCAUCAGGGUUUACAUUGGAGAAGGUUGUAAAUAGUAUUGGGAUCUUGCUACUGUGUGGAAUAAGAGUUUUUGUGGAUUUUUCUAUGCUUUUUAAAUUUAAGAAAACUUUUCUCAGAGAUUCCAGAUACUCAGUUUUGGGUCAGAAUUUAUGUAAUGAGAGAUUAUAUGAUUCUAUCAUUAAAAAUGUUUAGACAAAAUAGAUUUGUGAAACUGUUAAUCUAAUGCAGAAGUUGGUGUCCUUUUGUCUGCAUGUUAGGUUGGCCAUUCUGUAAUAGGCAAAGGGGUGUUUCUGGUUGUUGCUGUUGUUUAUCCAUCAAAUGGGUGUAAGUAUGAUGGAGAAGACCACAUUGCUGUUUUCUCCUAACUUGUCACCAGUCAUCGAUUAUUGGUUAUCGCUGACAAGGUUAUCAUUAUCUUUCUAUCGUUUAUUGUGGUAAAUUAUUCCGUUAUUGCGCCCACCUGUGGGUAAGAAGACCAAACUGCUGUGAAGAAAUUGUACAAGGACUGCAUCCAUGUGCUCCCCACAGUGUUGGGUUGAGUACAGUGAUGAAGGAGUAACCUGCUGAUAUUGAUUUGAUCUGUUCCAUUAUUCCAGGUGGGAACAGUCUGCUGUGAUAGGUUGACUUAGGUUAAGCCUCUCAUAUUGUCACCCCAAGGCUUCCAGAUCAAAGUCUUAAAUACUCAAUGUUAAUGGUGCACUAAUAGGUCUGGCUAAGGUUUUAAGGCAUGUUUGUCCAAUUGUUAACUUGUGUGAGAGCUGAAACAUUUGCCAGGCUUUCUCGUAUGCCAAUUUGUUGCACAUGGAUGGCAUUUUCUUGAUUUUAUAACAGAGAUAUGUAUUGAUGAAAAUGUUUUAAGAGUAAUUAGACAGCCUCAAGGAAGUGAGGCUGCAGAACUGUGCCAGCUGUGUACCGAGUCUCAAGGUUUUCACUUUACCUGUGCUGAUGUGGACUUUUGUCUAGUUUUUGUGUUGCUAAGGUUUAUGGACAUGAUUGCCAGGCAUAGUGUUUUGAUAUGAAGUGUUUUAGAAAGCUCAUCAGUUUCAGUAUCAAUAUUUUAUUUUAAAUUAUAUUAACUCUCUCUCUCUCUCUCUCUCUCUCUCUCUCUCUCAAUAUGACAACAUACAUUCUCAUGGUUUAAUCAUAAUUGAUUAUCAGCUCUGUGCCUGUUCAUUUAUCAACAUUUUUUUUUACAAUCUAUUAUAAUCUUGUUCCCAUAAUUACAAAAAAAAAAAAAAUUAGAAGAAAGUGUUCAUUUGUUUUUCUUUGUGUUUAAGGUGUCUUAUUCAUCUGUUAAUUUUUCGUAAUAAAGUGAGACAGAUUAUCUUAUACAGUAACAUCCAUAUUACUACUGUGUUGACUCAUCUUACAUGUCCUUUGUGCACACACCUGGACCUGCAGUUUUUUUUUUUUCUCUACUCUUCUUCCCUGUACCAGUGCCUUACUUGUCUCCUAAUAAAAAGCUAUUAUGCUUACAAGUCAGCAAACUCAAUUAUUUGUCUAGAUUGACCCCAAGGUCAUUAAAAAACUUGUGAUGUGUCUAAAAUUUUUGUUUCCGAAUGAGAACUUGCACUCUUACGCAGGUACUAUGUGAUUUGCACAUACAUAAAAAUGAGUUCAUACAGUAUGUAGUAGAGUAUAUCUUCUGGGAGAGACUCCCACAAAAGGAGCAAGUAUAAAAUGAUCUCAGUUUAAAUUUUACUUGAGGGUUGACAUAAUAGUUUCGGUGGUGCUAAAGGUAUUUGGGUUUGCAGGUGUUCAUAUUUUAACAUAAAUCUUAUUGAUAGCAAUAAAACACUAAGACUAUAAGUAAACUAUCCCUUAUUAUAUCACCGACCAACAUAUUGCAGGGUGGAAAGUAGUAUUAGUGGUUGCACACACAAAAAAUGUUGCACUAUGGCAAUGUAGGCAGACAUUUAAUACUUUGGACACAUAUGUGUUCAGGCAUUUUCCAUUUCAGUUUCUCUCCCCUGUGCCGUUAUUUUUCUGUUUUCUAUUUAUCUUUUGAGACAAGCAGGCUAGGAUUGAAUGGAAAAGGAUUGACUUGUGGAAACUUAAUUGGCUGUUGCAUUAACCAUUAUCAGAAUGGUAUGGCUGCUACAUGUUUUGAGGAUACUGUAGAUGUAAUGGUAUCAUAAUACUCCCCCAGAGGGAUGUAUGCACACCUUGCAAACAAUGGAAAGUUAAAAGAAACUUACUGAAACUCGUCACAAUAAUGGAUCUGAAAAUGCAUAGCCAAGAUAUUGGGAAAUGAGGUCCAAGGUAGUCAGUCCUGUGCAGCCACCCACUAAGGACCAAAAUGUUGCUGUGUGCUUCUCUGUGGUAAAGACGCAUUUGGUAGGCUUUUAUGAUCAUAUCACACAAUUCUGUUUUCUCUGAAAUGGUCUGCUGCUGCCUUUAAUUCUUCUCACAGCUUUCCUGCUUAGCAGGAAAUAGGUUAUAAUAAAUUAAUAUAAGACCAAUUUCAAGCAAAUGUUUUGAAGAAAUAUAUUGUCAAAUUAA